AUGAAGUUCUCCCUCGCAGCCCUGGCUUUGCCUCUUGCGGCUAAUGCUGCGUCCUUCUCCAAGUCGGAGUAUGCGUCCGGCGCGGUGCAUCAGAAGUUGAUGAAGCUCAAGACUGAGCAGUGGGAUCAUGAUGCAGCCGAGGGCAAGCAGGAUUCCAGGCAGUGGGCUUCGUGGCAUGCGAAGCCUGGCCCUAAGAAGGACCGCGUUGAGUGCAAGGAUGGUGUUGCGGUUGUUCAGGCUGGAAACAGCUCGGAGACUUUCCGAUGCAACAACAUGGACUUGUACGACUUCAUGAACCACGCUGAUAUGGGUGGUCCUGAGGGUCGUGGCUCCUCGAGCUGGGGCUGGACUGCUAAGAACGGUCGAGAGUUCGGUAUCGUCGGCCAGUUCAGCGGUGCUGCGUUCGUUGAAGUUCUCAAGAACGGUAAACUCCAAUACUUGGGACGUCUCCCAGCACAGAGCGAGGGUUCAAGGUGGCGCGAGAUCCGUGUGCUCAAUGACUAUGUCAUCAUCGGCAGUGAAGCCGUUGGCCACAACGUUCAGAUCUUCGACAUGAAGAAGCUCCUCGAUGUUGACCCCAAGAGCCCGGUCACCUUCGACCCCAAGAAGGACCUUGUUGGUCUCUGGGACCAGCUCCCCAUCGGACGUACUCACAACGUCGUUAUCGACUGGGACAACGAGUAUAUCCUCGCCGUCGGCGCCCAGCCACGCAACCAAACCUGCGCCGCAGGUCUCCAGUACAUCGACCUUGCGGACCCCACCAAGCCCACCUCCCCCGGCUGUGCCAGCCAAGACGGCUACGUCCACGACGCACAAUGCGUAACCUACAACGGCCCGGACCGCCGUUUCCGCGGCCGCAACAUCUGCAUCGGCUACAACGAAGACACAAUGACCGUCUACGACUCAACCAAGAAAGACGGCAACCCGGCCUCCGAAGUCCUCUCCCGCCUCUCCUACCCCGGCGCCACCUACUGCCACCAGGGCUGGUGGACCGAGCGCAACUGGCACCAAUACGUCCUCCUCAACGACGAGCUCGACGAGCAAGAAGGCAACGGCCCCGCUGCAUCGGGUUACCCCGUCACCCACAUCGUCGACCUGACUGACCUGCGCGCGCCCAAGUACACGGGUAACUUCAACGCCACGGAUUCGAAGGGAAUUGACCAUAAUCUGUAUAUCGUUGAUGGCUUGGCAUACCAAUCCAACUACGGCGCGGGUAUCUGGGUGCACGAUGUUCGUUCUAUUGCCAAGGACCCCUCCGGCGCGAAGGUUACCGUUGAAGGCUUCUUUGACAUUUACCCCGAGGACGAUGCGGUUGGUGGUGUUGUACAGUUUGUCGGCACGUGGAGUCACUUCUUGUUCCCAUCGGGCUUCAUCCUGGUGAACACGAUUGAGCGCGGUGCGUUUACUGUUAAGUUGGCGAAGGGACGGGGAGCGGGCAAGGGGCCGGGCUUUGGAGGGAAGAGUAAGGGCGGGCCGGUUAGGCCGUAG